GAGGUGCUCUGUUUGUCGCGUCGGGGAGGACAUCAAAACUGACAUCGUCGAAUUGUUGGUUUGGUAAUGUUGGCAGAACUGUCUUGCGCGCUAGUCUGCUAUGGCGUGUUAUGCUGUGUGAAAUCGGUGAAUUAUUUUUUAAUUGUUAAAAAAUGGGUUUAUAAAGUGGUUUAUUUAGUUCAAAUGGUGUUCAUAUAUAGUGUUAAGGGUUGCGUUAGUUGAUAUCGACCCAUGUGUGCUCUGGAAUUGAAAUUGCACUCUCCGGCGGGGGCAGAACCAGUGUUAUACACUUGGCCGUUAACCUCAGGACGAGGAAACGAUAAGCAUGAUGGUGCCCUUGAGAUUGUUGAAACCAUCAGAUGGGUUUGCGAAGAUCUGCCAGAGCUUAAACUGCCGUUGGAAAACAACGUACUCUGUGAUUACAAUACUAAGGAUUAUGAAAGUAUGAAGAACCUCUGUGAUCGGUUCAAUCGCGCUAUUGACAGUGUCGUGGCUUUGGAAAAAGGAACAUCGCUAACCGCCCAGCGUUUGAACAAGUACCCAUCCAGAGGUCUUCUCCGCCACAUUCUCCAACAAACCUACAAUGCUGCCGUAACAGAUCCCGAAAAACUAAACCAGUACGAACCAUUUUCGCCUGAGGUGUAUGGCGAAACAUCCUACGAUCUAGUUUGUCAAAUGAUCGAUCAAAUCGACGUAACUCCCGACGAUGUGUUCAUUGAUCUCGGUUCCGGCGUCGGCCAAGUUGUCCUACAGAUGGCGGCGGCGACACCUUGCAAAAUAUGCUUUGGUAUCGAGAAAGCGGAAGUUCCUAGUCGAUACGCAGACGCGAUGAAUAGAUAUUUCCGCACGUGGAUGUCGUGGUACGGCAAGAAGUACGGCGAAUAUAAGCUGAUACGGAGCGAUUUUCUUACCGAAGAACAUCGCGAGAAGAUCGCCGAGGCAACGAUCGUUUUUGUUAACAACUUUGCGUUUGGGCCGGCCGUGGACCAUCAGUUGAAGGAGAGAUUCGCGGAUUUGAAGGACGGAGCGAGAAUCGUGUCGUCGAAGAGUUUUUGUCCUUUGAAUUUUAGAAUUACGGAUAGGAAUUUGAGCGACAUCGGGACGAUUAUGCAUGUUUCGGAGAUGUCUCCGAUGAAGGGGUCGGUGUCGUGGACUGGGAAACCGGUGUCCUAUUAUCUGCACAGAAUCGACAGGACUAAAUUGGAACGGUACUUUCAGAGAAUGAAGAAACCGCAACAGAAGAACGGAUCUGACAAUGAGAACAGUCGGAACGCACGUGAGAAAGCUAAGAAAGAUCUUUCCAAACAGUUGAAUUCGUCAUCGGAUUCGGAUUUCGAUGACCAGGAUAGUAGCUAUGGUCCGACAACGCGAAAAGCGUGGUCGGACUAUUGCUCAACGAAAGGAAAGAGUAGUCAGUCGGAGGAAGAAUGUACAACUAAGGUAAGUAUAUGGCGCGUUAGUUCGUCUUCGUUAACCCUUUUUCAGAAUGGUAAACGGCAACCGAAGAAGCUCCGAAGAAAAAUCCAACGCGGGAAGAACCAAACCCAAGCAGAAAAUAAAACACAGAAGGCAGGACCAAGGGCCCGUCGAGGAAGAAUGAAGAAGGGUAAACCGAAGAAGGCGAUCAAGAUCAACGGUUUGGAUUUGCUUCACAACGAAACUCUUUUGAGUACUUCUCCUCAAGCUAUAGGGAAGAAACUUCCACCUGCUCCUGGUUGCGUCGACCAGCAGUUAACCGCAUUGAGUACCGAAAUGGUUCAUACGGAGUUGGAUAUACCUCAAGCUCCAGCUAGCACACCAUACGGUCUACAAAUUCUUCUUGAUAUGUUCAGAGCCCAGUAUGUACAAAUGUUAAAUCAAAUGAAGCAACCCACUUACAAAACCAGCGUCGAAAACCAUAUCAAACAAGAAAAGGAACGCAACAAGAAAUUGCAGAAUCGGGCUGCACAGUUAGAAAAACAAAUUAAAGUUCUUAUAGACGAUAGCGUCGCACUUUUGAAAGCUCGGAUGAGCGAGCUUGGAAUAAACGCUACUUCGCCAGUCGAUUUGUUGGCGAAAGCUAAAGAAAUCGUUUGCAGGCACAAAGAACUUCAAGCUAAAGCUAGUAAAUUACAAGGGCAAGUAGCUAGUCUUGAACAAGAACAAAAUAAUUUGGUUUUGCAACGGCAACAAGAAAUCGUAGAGAAAUACAACGGUAGAGAUGCUUGUCACGAAUUAUCACCAAUAGCUGCUCAAGAAUAUAUUCUCCGCGAGAUCUCGUCAACUUUGGCGCAUCGUAAAAAGUUACACAACCAAGUUUCAAGAUUAGAAGGUGAAUUGUUAACUUUAGAAAAACAAACAGAAGAGAGAAAACAAGCGCAAGCGUUGGCUUCGCGUCAACAACAAACAAACGCGAAGCCGUCUCGAAAAUCACGCGAUUAUAGAGCAAGGUCUCAAGAUUGGCCCGACGUCCCCGAUAUUGCUAAAAUCGAAGAACAGAACCCGGAGAUUUUAGCACAGAAAAUAUUGGAAACCGGGCGCAAAAUCGAAGCCAGUAAAAUGUCGGCAAAUUGUGGCAAAGUGAUGUCUGGUACAAAUAAAAAUAGUAGUCAUAGAGGUAUAGUACGCAAUAAUAUGCCGGCACCUUUACCGGUACCAAAACGUCAAAAAACAAACUACCCUCCCACGCAGAACACGGCGCGAUCGCAGGAACCACCACGUUUAACCGAUUUCGAAGAUCGCUUGAAAAGCAUCAUCACGUCGGCUUUAAACGAAGACCAACAAAAUCGAAAACGAGCGCAGAACCAAGUCUACAACCAGCAGCAACAACAACAAACUUACAAUAUGACUUUCCAAAAUCAGUUCAAAACUGAGGAGAAACAAAAAUUUGCCAGUGGUAAAUACGGCCGCUGCGAGACUGUAGUCAAACAGAACGAUGAGCGGAAUUUCGCACAUCAAGAGGGCUUGGCGGGCAUGAUGGAAUGCUACAGAACAGAGGUUCCGAAGGUCUCUCCGCACGUUUCGCGACAAGUCCAGCCGGAACAACCCGACUAUACCCAAGUUUCGCCCGCCAAAUUGGCUUUGAGGCGGCAUUUGUCUCAGGAGAAGUUGGCGGCGCAACAUCAUAGUUUCACCCCGUCGGAAGGAAUAGUAGCGACGAGGACGAUCGGCGAUUUGAUGUCCGGCGAAAUCGAACGGACCUUAGAAAUUUCGAAUCAGUCGAUCAUCAAUGCCGCCGUCGACAUGAGCGACAUACAGGGGACGGCCACGCUAUCUUCACGAUCGGUUGUUAAUGCCAAUCUUCCACCUCGUCCAGAGAGGGUCAAGGUGCCAAAUAACGAAGUACAGAAGAAAUCAGAACCGAUGAGACAGGUCUACAGUCCGAUAUCGAGGCCGUCGUCUACAGAGGGUUUGGAAGGUCUGGCCUAUACUCCUCUUCCUCGCGCUGAUAUUCGACCGUAUCACGAGUCGUAUUUUACCGACGUGAAACCUCCGCUCGAAGGUGAACCAAUCCGUAACAACUUCGUUGCCGAGGGUUUAGCGGCGAGUUUGCAAGCUCGAGUGUUGAGCGGGCCUCAAAUUAAAGAAGAAGUGGACGUUUAUGAUCGAAGGAGUUACGUACAACAGAACAUGUUACCUGCUAUACCUUCAUAUCAAGACCAGAAUGAUGCUAUAAAAAGCGAGAGUAUCAGUGAUUGCCAGUACAAAAGAGAAUCGCCUAUAAUUCAAGGACCGAUUCGAAAUCCGCUGAAGAGAAAUUAUGAAGCCCAUCGGCAGGCUUUCGUUAAUAACGUAUCACCUGAACCACAUUCGAACACUUCGACGCCGUUGGUCGAUGAAGUUCAAGAACCACCUCGCGUCAGGAAAUGUAACGAAGAAGGCAUCUUACCUAACCUCACCCCCGAAAACAAUUCAAUAACGAAUAAUCUCUCUCUAGAUGCCGACGUUGAGGAAGAAGGCGAAGAAUCAAAAUGGCAAGAUCGGAUCAGUUCUGGUUUCGAUCGUCUGGUGGCGUUCGCUUCGACCGAACUGGAUAAACGGCGACGGUCGACCGAAGGUAAUGACAGUUGUAAUACGUCACCGGAUUCCGGUAUAGGGCACGGCGAUUUGCCCCCUUCUUCCAUAACGGUGGCCCCCGCUAAGCAGGCUUUGAAAUUGAAUCCGAAUUCUAAGCCUUCUUUGUUCAAAAUGCCAAAUAAAAUUUACUUGGAGAGCCCUCCGAUCGGGGAGGGGAACGACGACGGUCCUCCGAGGACACCGUCGCCGUCUUCUCUGAGUAACGUUCCGUUAGACUACAGCCCAGAACCACCAAACGAAUUAAGUCAGCCGCGCUUAAAUCCGGCUUUACUUAAGUAUCAAAGAGAAGAUAAGAAAGUAAAGCCUGAUCAACACUACAAAAAGAAAUUUUACUACAGGGAACAGUGGAGGGAUGAUUCUUGGCAAAACCGAGGGCACGAGAGGUACUGUUCGUGGAAAAAUUAAAUGUUGAUGAUACGUUCAGAUGAAAAGGCAGUUGUUUUUUUUUUAUUAUUAUUAUUAUCUUCUCAUUCGUUUGCAAUGACGUUACGAUUUCACACAGCAAGCAGAUCAGUGAAGCGGUUAGAUUUCUACUAGUUAAUUUACCUAUUUUAUCUUUUAUUUAUAUUAUAUUAUUUAUCUCCGUCAAAACUAUACAACUUGAUUUAUACACAUUUUUGUGGUUUUGAGCUUUACUUUUUUAAACUUAGGUAAUUUUAUCAAAAUGGUAAAAGGCUUCUCACACACGUUUAAAUAUUCGAUUGUUUUAGCUUUUAACGAAACUUCAUCACUAUGUGUUCAUAUGAGAAAAUAUUUAAUCGUGUGGGGCAGUGACCGCGUCGGGUUACACCAUCAUCAGGUGUAAAUUCGAGUGGUUAUUCUAGCAUUUCGAUGUUAUGAUAGAUGCUCACAAGUCAAUUACAUUUCCAAUUCGCUUAACGAAAUCAUGGAAUUUGAAAUUUUUGGUUGAUUGGAUUCCAAACGGGGACCAACUAAUUCAGAUUUUAUGAUUGAGGAGGUAGUGAGAAAAUGGACAAGAUUUAUAGCAUCGAUUGCUUAGAUGUGUAAAUGUUUUCAAAUUAUUAGAAAAUUUUGUGAAGUAGUAAAAUUGUAAAUUUACUUUUUCUAGAAUGUAUAAAUGGAGACUGUAACUUUGUGUUCAUAAAAUGGGAAUGAUUUUAAGGAGUUGCAUUAAUUUAUUCGAUUACUUGUAGAGUAUUUUAAUUUUUACUAACGUAUUCAAGACAAACACUGCCUAAUAAAUCUCAUACAAAUGUUUUCAAAAUUACUAAAUAAUUUAUUUGUACAUUGUACAUAUGUUUUUAGCAUUAGGACUAGUUAUUUAGGAACACCUUAUUGUAAAAAGCAUAGUUAAUUUAAAACAAGAGAGAAACAUGGGUUACGUGAAGCGAUUCAACUACCUAUGUUCUGUAUUUGAAAACCGAUUUUUACGUACAAGUGUAAUACUGCCAUUUUCACAGUUCAUAAAUUUUUAUUAAAAGUAUUUGUCAUUUAUAUUGAAAUAACUGACUUGUACUUGUUAAAGUGUUAUGCUUGUAAUCGUUUUGAGAAGUAGUUCAAAUCGUAUUGCACUGUUCGACAUCAUAAAACACAAGUCUCUGUGAAUACAAGAUUUGGAGGCUUUUGACAUAUGUGUACAAAGUUCGGGAAACUGUCAUUGCAAACUUUUUUUUUAUAUAUAUCUAUAUAUAUUUGUAUAUACAGUUGUCAUUACAUUCGGUUUCAAUACAUAUUUUAACUUUUUGCAAAAACAGUUUACACCUUUGUAUCGACUUUUGAUUAUAAUUUUCAUGGGCAUCUUUCCAAAAAUCAUAAGUGAUAUUUUAUCGAUUUUUGUACAAAAGUACUUUUGUUAUUAUUGUAGCCGUGUCUUUAUUGAUUCAUUUGUUGUCAUUUCUCAUUAUAUUAUAGUUUAUUUUUUUAGUGCUAAUCUUUUUGAUGUUAAAACUUUUUUUGAAGUUUUGUUUGUUAAAUUUUAUUUCUGCGUGAACUGUACACACUAUAUUAUUAUAUUCAUUUUUGAUGUUUGAAUGCAAUCAUUUCAGUCUUUAUUUCCCUAAAUUUUCGAUUUUGGCAUGUUAAAAUAAAUCGACUCAUCAUCUCAUGAAACACAUCUCGCGAAAAGCCAAAGUUUUAUCUACUAAUUCAAUACUUUGUGACUGAAUUUUUUUUUAAUCUUUGUAAGAGUUCAGUGGUCAAAAAAUAGAAAAGGAUAGCUCUCAGGAUUACUAUGAAUGUGAAUAAGACUAGGGAUAGAGUGUAUGUUACAUGUAAACAAUAAGUUGGUAAUUAUGGUAUCCUUUUAACUGCCAUUAAUUUAAUAAACACUUCUAUGUAA